AUGCCAACUCCGAAUUCUGAACUUCCUCAAGCUGUCGAUGAGACGGAGUCCAAUCCCAACUCGCCAACGAGCAUGGCUGUUGGUCAGGGACUGACGUUUGACAAGCAUACGGAGGAAUUAUGGUUCGGCAACGGUCCUACAGCUGUCACUGCUAACUUCUCUAGACUACUGGAAUUAGGAAGGCCCAACAUCCCCGGUAUAAUUGCCCCUGUCCGUCCCUCGACUGCUUGCUCCCCUCCGACCGGCUGGGGUGAACCUGCUCCUUUAGGUGGACCAUUGAGCACACCUGGUAAAGGCGGCGAGGGAGGAGGAGCAGUCGAUGACGCACAGGCAGAAUGGCAAAAAAGAACCGAUCUGGAAGCAUGGGUGAAGGAACAACGUGGACAUCUUGGGUCAGAAGAUAUCCCACAAGAAUCGGACGAUGCAGAAACACUUGACUGGGCUGAUAGUAUCGCUCAAGAGAAAGAAUCUCGUGAAAAUGAUUGCAAACGGGACGAGAAACCUGUCUGCCGCUAUGGGAUGAAAGCUACAUGCAAAAACAGGGGUAACUGCGAGUUUUCGUAUCGAGGUGAACCUGGUUCGAGUGUUUCUCACGGGUAUCAGAAACCCCUCUGUACAUUCUACGCCAGAAAUGGAAGGUGCAGAGACGGUGAUUCUUGUCGCUUCCUACAUGGACGUUCAAGAGAAUCGCAACCGGAGAUGAAGGAGGAUGUUCGGUGCAGCCACUUUGCCAAGUUCGGGACCUGCAACUAUGGCGAGACAUGUCGGUUCUCACACGGCCUGACGUCCAUGCUAUCGGUUCGUGAAGAAGCCGUCCAGGAAACGGCGAAGGACAAGGAGUUCUGCAGGUUCAAAGCUGACCACUUCAUGAAGUUCGGUCGUUGCAAGUAUGGUGAGGAAUGUCGCUUUUCGCACGGUGUACCACCGAACUCUCCGGAUCACCAGACAGAUACCAAUGCAGGUGGGGAAGUAUGGCAAGGUCCGGUGGCCACGGAGUCGAAGCGCAUCUGCUCUUUCUACUUGCAAGGUCGUUGUCGUUUUGGCUCCCAGUGCCGCUCCUUGCAUGCUCCGCCAGCUGUUACCUCGGCAAAACCCAAAGAGAAUCCAAUCUACAAUCCACAAAAGGAGAAGAGGAUCACGGAAAAUUGGCGACAAAGACCGAUGAACUGGCUUGGAUACUGCUCAAAGUAA